AUGAGCGCCAGCUUGCAGUUGGCGCUUGGAAAGGGCGAGUUGACCUUACAAUCGACUGACCCGCAUGUGCAACCGAACCUGAACUACAACUAUUACCAAGACGAAGCGGGAGAGGAUCUGCGGCGCAUGCGAGAAGCUAUACGGCUGGGUGUGCGCAUCGCCGAGAGUUCCAACUUCUCAGAUCUAUUGCUCGACAGGAUUAUGCCUUCGGACGAAGAAUUGCGGUCGGACGACCUGCUGGACGAGUGGCUCCGGCGCAACUCAGGGACAUCUCACCAUGUAUCCGGCACUUGCAAGAUGGGACCCGAUUCCGACCCAACGACGGUUGUUGACCAGUUCCUGAGGGUAAAGGGUGUGCAGGGACUGCGAGUAGCCGACGCGUCCGUCAUGCCUGAUUGUAUUCGCGCGAAUACGAACGCCACUACGAUAAUGAUUGGCGAGAAGGUCGCCGACUUCAUAAGGGAAGGCCGCUGA